AUGGCCAAGUGCCGCAGUCGCUCCAUACUCCAUGAUGAAACGCUCACGCCGGAGGCAUCCUGCCCUGCUCCUGCUCCUGCUCCUGCGAGUCCCUCGCCGCAACCCCAACUGCAACAACAACAACAACAGAACUACUUACCUCAAACAUCUUUGCUGAAAAUCGAACCGUUCGUUCCUAGUUUUAAUCAAAGACUACGCCGGCGUCCUAUUGGUCGCUCCCAUAGCACCUUAAGCCACAACGUCAUCCCAAAGCGACCAGUGCAGCCACAGCAGCAGCAAAUCCAGCAGCAAUCGGAGCUCCAAGUUGGCCAGCAGCAACAUCUGAAGCGGAGCUAUGCUGCAGCCGCCCAAAUCCGACAGCAGCAACAGCAGCAGCAGCGGAAUCUACCACGAGGCGUGGGCAUCCAGCGCCAGCGCUCCAAGUCCACCUCCUCCUCGGCAGCCUCCAAUAGCUGUCGCCCAGCCACGGCGGCUGUGACCCCCAAUACUCUAGUGGGCAGCACGGGCGGAACUCUGGUGAGCGGAGCCAUCGUCACGCCGCAGCCAAAUGGGAUCUGCCGCAUCCAGAGGUUGCCCAAGGAGCGCGAGGAGUUGCCCGAUCGCAUCAACUACGACAAGAGGGGCCUCACGGCCAUUCCCAUCUUCGAGCAGGAGCCGAAUCUACGCCUGCUGUCGCUGCAGCACAACCUGAUCAACACCUUCCACAUACCCAAGGAGCUGCCACCGCCGCCGCCACCAGUGCCUCCUCCGCCCAUCGCCACUCCGCGGGAGAGCAACAACAAUAAGCUGGGUGAAUACCAUAAUGGCAACGGAACCAAGGAAGGAGGACGCUCUGGCCUUCGGGGCCACCAUCCAGGCAGACUCACCCGUGCCAUGACCAAUGCAGGCGGCAAUUCCCAUCGCCUAUCGCCCAAAUCCGGUGGUAGUCCGUAUUCGGGCAGUCCUUUGACCACCCAGGCACUGGCCAUCAACGGAGGAACCGCCGCCGGACGCUCAAAGCUGGCCAAAAGAGGCUACAACUACGGACAGGCCCAGCUGACGCCUCCGCCGGCGCUGCGCAUGCGCUAUGGAUUGGAGAAGUCCAAGAGUUUUGUGAGCAGCAGCCUGCAGGCCAUGAAGCACCAACAGCAGCUCAUCCAAAGGCGGGCCUUUCUUAAGGCCACGCGAGGCGGCGGCGUGGGCGUGGCGCCGAGUGGAGCUGCAAGCAAUCUCCUCCAGAGUUGCGAUGAGGGCAGUGCCCUGCACAGCAGCAAUCUCUCGCUGUGCGGCGGGUACGGCGAAGAGGAGGAUUCGCCCAGUGUGAUGACCUCCAUGUCCGCGCUGGAGCAGCUGAGCAUUAAGAACAAACAGCUGAGUCUGAGUGCCAGCUACGGGAACAUCUUCCAGCAGCUGGUAUUCCUGGAUCUCUACGAUAAUCAGAUCGAGAGGAUAGCCAAUCUGGAUGGACUGCCUUCGCUUUCGGUGCUGCUGCUGGGCAAGAACAGGAUUACGGACAUUGGUGGUCUGUCCUCGCUGAAGGAUACCUUAAGAGUGCUGGAUCUUCAUGGCAACAAGCUCACCAGUCUGGGCAGUCGAAUCAACUGCCUGCAGCAACUAAAGUCCCUGAAUCUGGCGGGGAAUCAAAUACGACAGAUAAACCAGCAGGAUUUCCUUGGCUUGCGAUGUCUCAGGGAGCUGAAUCUGAAGCGGAAUAAACUCCGGCGGAUCAACGGCUUUCAGCACUUGGUGGCUCUGGAAAGGCUGUGGUUGUGCCACAACGAGCUGCACAGAGUGGACGACAUGGUCAGUAUAGCGAGGGCCACUCGCCUCCUGGAGGUUACAAUCGAGAAUAAUCCCGUCUCCCUGGCUGGCGACUGUGUGUCCUUCCUGGUCUCGUACCUACCGCUGCUUCAGACGCUCAGCCAGAUGCCCAUCACGGAGCAGGUGCGUCGGUCGGCUCUGGCUUGGCGACAGCACAAGGAACAGGCGCAAGCUGCUCCCGGAAGCUCUGAAGCCUAUCACAGCAUCCGGCGAGAGGAGGUGAUAUCCAAUGCCCGGACCAACUGGGAACUGCUGCGAUCCCAACAGACGGUGGUCGGUCGCCCCAAGAGUCGGCUCACCAGCGAGCUGGCCAAGAUCAAUGAGUCCAACGAAGGUCCCACAGCCGAAGAGGCGGAAACGGAAUCCGAGGAGUCGCAUCAGCCCAAGGAGCUGAUAGACGAAUUGCAGGCACUGAUUAAACUGCCGCCAAUAGCCAAGAACUUAAGGAAUCCGCAGGAGGAGGAUUGCGCCUCCUCGGAGGCCUCCAGCCUGGGACCCAAUGUGGACUCCUGCUCCAGUUGCUACAGCUCAGAUAAUGAGGAUGGUGGUGCCAAACAUAAACCACAGACGCCGCAGAUUGAUGAGAACUGUAAUAAAGUGGGUGUGGCGGAUAAGGCACCUCCUUCACCAGUUCCAGGCGCCAGUCAAUCUCCAGAAGUGGCGAAAGCAGCACCUCCAACUCCAGUGGCUUCCUCACCUUCGCCGCCCGCCUUGACCCUGACUCCGCCGGCUGCUCCUGGAACUCCAGUGCCUGGGGGCACGGCUACGCCUCCUCCAGCAGCCACAACUGCCACCUUGCCUGUGCCCACCACUGCAUCCUCCAAUACAAGUCGCCCGACGAGCAGCAAACAGCGUACCCGACAUGCGCCCAUCACUCAGUUGGGCUUGCAGAUCAACCAGAGAGGCGGAGCAGCUGCAUCCUCCAAGCGGUACAUGGCGGGAAGUCUGGUGCGGGCCCAAACCGUGAGCAGCAGCACCAGUAACAGCAGCAGCUCCAAUAGCACUGGUCGCGGAAAGGCCACCAACAAUGGAUUAACUUUGGUGGCCAAUCAAACGAAGGGACCAUCGAACAAUACUACCGGUCAAUCUUCAGCAGGAGCGGGAGUAGCAACUGGAGGAGCCAUCGCUGGAGCAGCAACUGGUGGGACAACAGCAGCCACUCCCAGUGCCGCCAUCACGGUGUCAAAGCCAAGCGCCGCUGAACGGGAGAGAGAACAGGGUGGCGAUUACCUAAUUGAGAUUUGUGGAAGGUACCUUAACAUCUACGGCCAGGGUGCCCUCCGCUUUAUCGACAAGCAGUGGAAUCCGGCCAAGGCCAAUGAUGUCCACACGCUGAACUUCAGCUACAUAAACUUCAACAGCAUCGUCUGUGUGUUGAGCAGGAUUAAGGUACGAUUUCCCCAUGCGGAGCACUAUGUUUUCCGGGAAACAAACAUCUCUUGCUUGGGUCAACUCAAUGGACUGGCCGAGCUCCAGGGCCUCAGCAGUUUACUUAUCGAUGCCGAGGGUAAUGGCAUCACCCAAAAGGAAUCCUGGCGAGCUUACGCCAUUUACCGACUGUCCCACUGGGGAUUGAAACAGCUGAAUGGUCAGGAGGUAACCGAGGCUGAAGUGGAAGCUGCCAAUGUCAUGUAUGUUGGACUCUCGGACCUGGUGCUGUGGUCCAUGCCGGAGGUGAUGCUGCAGCCGCUCUUGGCCAGACUGCGUCUGGAUGAGACCUGCACGGCUAGCAAGUUGUCUCCCAAAGAGUGGCUCCUGCGGCCGGACAACAAGUCCCUGCGUCUCGUGGUGGGGAAAGAGGCGCUCCAGUGGAAGAAGAACGCCGGAGGAGCCGGAAAUGGAGCAGGAACUGCCACCUCCAUGAAUCUGAAUCCAGCGACGGAAGCGGGAAGCACUGCCAUGGCGCCGAGUGCCCGAGACCGAGGUCGUCAGCACUUUGCCCUGCUGCUGGAGAACACCUGCAACGCCGUGGAGAAACUGCACAAACUGGAAACGCUGUGGCCCAGCAUGCUCCUCGACAUCGUCCGGAAUACGCUGCUGGAUUACACCCAGUUGGAUGUCUACCUGCGGAAUCUCAUGUGCGAGCUGAUGAAGUGAGGAGCCGUUCCAAACAAGAGAAUGAUAAACGAGAACUUAUUAG